AUGACUUCUGAAUUACCAAAUGAGCAACGCGCGGAGGAGAUGGACAGACUCAUCCUUCGAUACCUCUCUCUUGAACCUCAGACCCUCAAACCCUCCACCGACCCAGUUGACUUUCUCCGGAAAUACAUCUCCAUCCUCCCUCCUUCACUACUCUCUUACUUUUCCCCUCUCCUGACUCCACUUCAACGCACCAAGAUUACAAAUAUCAGGAAUCGGAGAUUACAAUAUCACUCUUCUGCACCGAAAGAGUUUUACUUUCCCAAUGCGAGGAAUACAUGGACGAACGUAUGGGAUGAAGUCGCUCCCAAGUCGGUGCUCAAAGAGAAUUGGAGGGAGAAGGGGCAGGACGGGAAGAAGGAAGAACAAGAAUGGGCAGAAAAGGGAUUCUUGAACGGGAAAGAAGUCGUUGGGGAGAGGUCUAGGUUGGGAAGACUACUUGUGGAUGGCAAUCUGGAUAUCGAACGAAUCAAGAGCCUCUUUGAAAGACUGUUAAAAGAGCGAUUUAUAGAUGGAAGACUAGAGCACUUUGAUUACGACUCUGUCGACUGGGAUGAUAAAUGGGACGUUCAAUCCAGAGAAGAUGAAGAACGCUGGUUUGACGAAGACGAUGAUGAGUAA